UACUUUCGAUGAUAGUUCUGACAUUUCAUCAUGUAAUAUACAGAAUUUCUCCUAUAGCCUUUGUGAAAUUGCUGCUCCUGAUAGUUUAAAUGAUAAUAAUUCAAUUUCAUAUAAUCAUUCAGCUGUCAGCACCCCUCUUACAUCUGCCGAUAAUAUAGGUGUUUACUUUCCCGACUUCAAUCACGGAAGUGAUAUUGGUGCUGAUGGCUUUCUCUAUUAUAUGCAAAGCAACAAUCCACAUAUUAAUCCCUCACUACUAUCUACGUCUCCUAAUAUUAUUUAUGAUCUUAUUCAACAAGAUCAAAAUUCUAAUUCUGGAGGAAAGAAUAAAAAUUCUAAUUUUGAAUUUGAUGUAUCAGGUAGUAGUCAUAGUUCUAAUGGUUCAUCAAAGAUAAAAAGACAUUCGUUAGAUGGCGUUUCAUCAGCUGUCGUUGAUAUGAACUGUAUAAACAAGAACAAUUCCUUGAAUUCUUCUCCCACAUUAACUAGUGGUGAAGCAUCUGAGUCUGACACAUCAAAUGCGAUACCAUGUAAAAGACAAAGGUCGUCUUCACGUCAACCAUUGUGCAAUGCUUGUGGGCUAUUCCUUAAACUUCAUGGUGUCGUAAGACCCUUAAGUCUUAAAACAGAUACUAUUAAAAAACGUAAUCGCAAUGGGGGUGCUGUUGCUGCUGGUAAGAAUCCAGCUAAAGGUGUUAAAGGAACCGUACAACUCGGCCCAGGUGGUGCGAGCAUGGGAGUUAUAGGAAAACGAAUGAACAUGUCAAAUUCAAUGGCAGCAAGAACACAAAAUGGUAAUUCACCAGCUCCUGCUCCGGUAUUAUCAACACCGGUAUCUAAUGCACAAUUUACCAAUGGAUUCAAUGGAGGACGACAUCAAAUGGUUGGUGCAAUGGCAAAGAGACGGAGAUUUUCGGGUGAUGAGCAACAGUUAAAUUCACAAUCACGAUCUAGUGAAAUACAACAAUCGCAAAAUUAUGGUGUUCUAAAACAUCCAUCUGUACCAUUUUCUUCUAAUGGAGAACAAACGAAACUACAACAAGUUUUGGAUAUGGUGCAUGCACCUGAUAAUAAUGCAACAUCUGUUUCAUCAUCAGCUGGAUACAAUACAUUUGCUCCUUCAAAUGUAUCACCAUCCAAUACACCUCCUAAGCAUAAUCCACGUAAUGUUCAGCGUUCGCAUACAACCGGGCAAAUUAUGCACACUCCCUCAACAUCAUCUCAGUCAAUAUUAGUGCAUUAUCCAGCAAUGGUGCAAUCGGCACUAUCAAGCGAGAAUGAUAAUAUGAUACCUACGAACGGCAACAACUAUACUCCACGUCCUGCAAUGUUAAUAAGGCACCGAUCUUUUGUUAACUAA